CUUAAAAUGGCGGCGACUCUGGAGCAAAUGGCGGAAAUUUUCUCUGCAAAAAUCUCCAGUUUAAAGCGAUGCAUGGAAUUAAGAGGCGCAAUGAGUUCUGCCAACUGCGAUUCUGUGUUGAGGUCUUUGGACAAAGAAUUGCUGGAGAUAGAGUCUUCUCUAAGUAGCUUUCAAGCACAUUUGGAAAAGGAAAAGAAGUUAUUAGAGCAAGGAGAGGCUAUACAAGCUGUUGCAGACAAAUAUAAAGAAAGGCUAGUACAUGUCACAUCCAACCUCCCAUCACAUCUCCCUGGAGUUGAAAAGAUAUCCAAAAGAGGAGUUUUAAAAGAGGAUGUUGUGACAGAGAGUGUAAAAAAGCCCAGAAAGACCCGCAGAGCUAAAGGUUUGUCUAGUGAGGAUGGAUGCGAGUUUCCAAAGUUAGCAUAUCUCACAGUUGAAGAGUUUGACGAAAUACCAAAGUACAUUAAGGGACGUACUUCUUAUGACCAAGUCAAUAAUGCCAUUGACGAAAUUUAUAAAGUUAUCACAGCAAAGUACAAGAUUCUACGUCUUCCUCGCUCAGCAAUGGGAGAGCCAGUUAUGAAAAAAUACAAGGCUUUUAAAGAGGCCGAGAUACCAGACACAGAGGGGGAGUAUUUUUUUAUUGAUGAUGAUCUCAAGACAUACUCACAACUCAAGCUGGACUCCACAGGAAGGGCAAUACUUACCAUGUUAAGACACUGUGGCCGGCUCAGGGAAGUACGAGGAAAAAAACUGCUCAGAUAUGUUCUGAGACUGUAAAUCUGCUCACCCUAAGCAAUCAAAAGCAUUUUACACCCCAGCUUGAUUAGUUAUGGCAUUGUAUGAGGCAAAGAUGUGUCAACUUUUUUCAGUUAAACUAUAAAGUUUACUUUAUUCCCUUUACAGUGCAUAUCAUAUCUAUUUAGUUGUUCUCUAGCACUUACAUAUAGAACUAAAUUAUCUGCAAAGGUAUGUAAUAAUUACAUACAAAUAAUUUCAGUUCUCUAGAUAAUGAAGCCAUCUUUGCUACUUUAAAUGAAAGUGCACAGAAACUCUUUUUUGAAAAAUAUUGAAAAAAAUUGUCAAGACUGAAGACGAUUUUUAUGGUAGCCGACCCAAGAAGGGUUUUACAAUCCACUGUUGAAUUAAGGGUAGAUGACAAAAAUCAAAAAGAAAAAAACCUGGUGGAAACUAGAAAUUUUAAAACCUGAUACCUGGGCAUGUUUAUCUACUUUGUUUUAAUUGGUUUACAAACUUCACAAUGCCAGGGCCCAGUUGUAUUAAGGGUGGUUAACGCAAUCCAGCAGAUAAAUCGCUAUUCAGCAGAUAAGUAAAAGCAAAACGUGCUGCGCUAUCCAUCGGAUAGAGGUUUAUUCAGUGUACAGCGUUAUCCAUCCUUCGAACAACCGGGGGCCAGAUGUGUAAUAGUUGCAGCUACAUGUAAAGAGUAGAUAUUUCACAUGAUUGAUCUAACUCCAAAGUCGCCCACAAAAUCGACUCUUUCCUACAUUAGUGACCUUAUUUCUUCGACCACUCUUAAUUACAAGUUGUUUAAGAAUUCUAUCUAUUAUUGCUUUCAUUUUUAAAAGACUAGUUCAGUUUUUCUCAUUUUUUCUAUAUCGUUUGUUCCUGUUUUAGUCUGAGUAAUGUUCUUUGUCCUUUUUAGCUUUGUGAUCCAUCUGAAGCUAAAAUGUUGUCUUUAUCUUUUGCUAGAUAAUUGUCCCUCAGUCUGCAUUUUCUUGCAUCCUGUGUCAGUGUAAUUACUGGUUACUGGUGAUGUAUUUGUCAUGAAUACUAACUUAUAACUAGUGGUUUGCCAACUUGUCAUUUUCGUAUUUUGUUGUGUCACGUCAAUAGCGUCGGUAUGGAAUAUAAUGGAACUCUGCUUCUCUGUAGUUAAGAUUCUUCGGGUUACCUGUUCACCAAAUAGUGUUCGUUUUUUGUCGCAGGUCCUGUGUAAAUAUUGCGAUGAUACUAUGUUUAACUGUUUUCUUGGUAUUACUUUUACAUUACUUUGAGAACAAAAGUUUGAAAUGAUAAGUACCAAAGAUCUGCUGUUACAUAUUUCAUGUUAAUAUGUCAGUCAAAUAUAAUACAAAGACGGUAUGGUACUUUGUUUGAAUUAAGGAGAUUUGCGUUUUUCUCGGUCACCCAUUUAUGAGCCGUCAUCGAAAUUAACUUGAAACAACCACGUCGCCUGAAUGUGUUGAAUAAGACAGGCAAGGAUCAAACUAGCUUACCAAUAAAAUCAAGUUAAUGUUAGUACAAAGAAUGGCAAAGGUGGAAUAUGGAGUGGAGCACUACGCAGAAACAAAAGUCACUCAGACUAGCAAAAAAUUAUUAAAAUUAACUCGUUCAGUACAAGGGUUAGUUUUUUAAGUUGUAAAUCUACGUUCUUAUUGAGCUUUCGUCUUCCUCUGUUACUGAGUAUCCUAACUUUUUACUAAGCCAACCUUUUCUUUUGUUAUAGAUUCGAUAACUAAAUCUUAAUUGAGUUCAAUUUUUUCAGUAGCCCUGUUGCGUCAUUCGCUAGUAGAAAUAUGUAAGAAAAUUAGGAGUAUAAUGGCAAGUAAAAACAUAUUUUGAUA